CGUAAUUCUAUAGAAUUCCCUUUAAGGAAUUUGGUACACAACUGACCUGCUGAAGCCAAUUCCGAUCACUCGAUAAAUCAAGUUCUACGCGAGCCUGUGGUGGCGCGCAGGUUGGGAUUGGCACGCGCUUUCUUAGGAAUGCUCGCAGAUGCUAGGAAAUGGCCGCUCUCCGUCGACGACUGCGAGACCGGUGGACACAGCAGCGGCGUCGGAUGUUCCUCUGGAGGAAGUCUCCAUCAUCGCCGAGUCUCCGGGCUUCGGGGUGCCCGUGGUCGUUGGCUGGUGCUGCUCGCCGGGCUGCGUGGAGGACUUCGCGAGGUGGGAGGACCUGCGGGUCCACUGGCGGGCGCGCCACGACCCCGCCUCCUGCCCCGAGUGUCUGCAGAGCCACGAAGAGCCGCACGGAGAGGGCGACGUCAAGUGCCCGAUGUGCACAGCCGGGUUCACGUCCGGCGUCCAUCUUGCGGCCCACAAAAACAAGUUCCACCGCGUGGUUCUAGAGCCGGCGAUGAAGACUGUGCUGGAGCCGGCCUUGGAGACUGCGCUGGAGCCGGCCAUGGAGUCUGUGCUGGAGCCGGCCAUGGAGUCUGCGCUGGAGCCGGCCAUGGAGUCUGCGCUGGAGCCGGCCAUGGAGUCUGCGCUGGAGCCGGCCAUGGAGUCUGCGCUGGAGCCGGCCAUGGAGUCUGCGCUGGAGCCGGCCAUGGAGUCUGCGCUGGAGCCGGCCAUGGAGUCUGCGCUGGAGCCGGCCAUGGAGUCUGCGCUGGAGCCGGCCAUGGAGUCUGCGCUGGAGCCGGCCAUGGAGUCUGCGCUGGAGCCGGCCAUGGAGUCUGCGCUGGAGCCGGCCAUGGAGUCUGCGCUGGAGCCGGCCAUGGAGUCUGCGCUGGAGCCGGCCAUGGAGUCUGUGCUGGAGCCGGCCAUGGAGACUGCGCUGGAGCCGGCCAUGGAGUCUGUGCUGGAGCCGGUCAUGGAGUCUGUGCUGGAGCCGGCCACGGAGUCUGCGCUGCAGCCGGCCAUGGAGUCUGUGCUGGAGCCGGCCAUGGAGUCUGCCAUAGAGUCUGCCUCAGCACCGUCCAAGGAGAACGGCAUGGUCGCUGUCUCCGACCAUGGGGACGGCGUCGUUGCUGUCUCCGACCACACUGUGCACGAGGACGGCCUGGUUGAUGUCUCCGACCACGAGGACGGCGCGGUCAUCGUCGUCGGCUGGUGCACCUUCCCUGGCUGCUCCGAGGAGUUCCUCACAUGGGACCGUUACGUCCAACACUACUUGGCCGCCCACAACAUGUCCGCUUGUUCGCUGUGCUUGGAGCCCGCUCAUCUGGAGCCGCACGGCCGAUUCGACUUCCAGUGCUCUAGCUGUCCCGCCAGAUUCACGCAUCAGUACUGCCUCGUGAAUCACAGGAAAAAUUUUCACCAUUUGGUGGAAGCACCGCCGCCGUCGGACCACUGGGUGGGUUCCAGAGCCGCGGCCGGUGAAGUCGCGGGCCAAGCGGCUGGGUGGUGCACCUUUCCCAACUGCGAGCGGCAGUGUGCCAUGUGGGAAGAACACGUGGCACACCACAAUGCGUGCCACUUCAAUGCCCUUUCGGGCCGCGCGGCGCUGUGCCCCUGGUGCCUGGAGGUGGGCCCACGCGACGGGCUGCAGUUCCACCUGGAGGCGCACCGCUCGGGCGACGUGCCGUGCCCUCUGUGCCCCGCCCGCUUCCUCGGGGACGCCUCCCGCCACGUGCAGGCCUACCACCGCGUGGGGCCGGACGGCUCUGUCCCCGCCGUCCUGGGGUGGUGCGAGAGGGCGGGCUGCCGCGCUUCCUUCGCUACUUGGGAGGACUGCGUGCGCCACUGCAUCCACCACCACCACUCGCCGUGCCCCGACCCCGCCCUCGUGUGCCUACUCUGCAUGAUGCGGCUGAAGACUGUCGACCACCGCCAGCGCCACGUGCUGAAGCACUUUCGGCAAGGCGGGUGCCAUCACGUGUGCGAGGUGGACAGUUGCACAGCGCGAUUUUUCGAUCGGAAUUCGCUCCUUCGGCACAUGAGGUUGUUCCAUCGGCUGCAUGUCGCACGUUGAUGGUUCAGCUUAUCCUAGACUUCGAUCUUUGUUCACACUAAAUUACUAUGAAGUUUUUUCUGCGCGCGAAUGCACGAUUAAUUAAACAUGCACUUCGUAACGCACGAAUUUGUGCGCUACAAUGCACGAUUUCAUGCGCAAGUAUGCAGAAAAUCGUGCAUUGUCGCGCGCAAAUUCGUGCGUUACGAAGUGCAUGUUAAAUUUCGUGCACUGGCGCGCAGAAAAACUUACAUAGUAAUUUAGUGUGUUGGGUGGGCUUCCCUGAUGUGUUGGUAAAUUUUUGUAGCGUGUGAAAUUUUUUGUUCAACUGUGUUCUUACACGCGCUUACAUUCAUGCGAAACUCCUUACUUCUCUAUACGGGGAGCACGCAUACUGAAAAUUAUGUAGUACUCCACUGCUGUCAAAGUGUUCAGUAGGUCCCAUGACAACACUGUAAAAAUAAAUCUCGGAAUUAACGAAGGUGGUCUGGCAAGAAUUUUGCCAAAGUACCUUCUUGAAUUGACGGCGGUUCGGUUCGUGGUGACGAAGAAUUUCGGUCAGUUACAAAAUUUCUCCGUACGUACAUCGUAAAUUAGCGACGAUUCUUCGAAAACUCCCAAGGAUUCUUCAUUCUCUUUUACGAACAAUCCUGGUGAAUUUUCAAAGAGAUCUUUGGCAAUCUUUUUGCCAGAUGCACCUUCGACAAUUCUUACGUUAUUUCUAACAUUGUUGCUUCAGAGAAAAAGGCUUCAAACUUAGUUCCUUAGAUCAAAUUAUGUACGAGCUUACACAAUAAGGCGCAUGCUUGCUUUUCGUGAAUUCGCUUCAAAUUGUGGACUGCGAUUCAGCGUACAAAUUUGUGCCGAAAAUUUCUCGUUCUCAAAAGUGUGCGAGACCUGGUGCAGAACACACUAAAAAAUUCAUGUGAUGUACCACAUACCAUGAAUUUUCAUGUGUCCAAUUGCACGCGGCAGCUGUGAAACGAUGACCGGGGGACCAAUUUAAUUUCAUAGAGAAAAUAAGUGAGAGAUUUUCUGUAUGUUUUCCCCAUUUAAUUAUUAUUUUGCCUUUUGUUUUUGAGUCUAUGCCUAAUCUGUUCAUUAAAUAAAUGCGCGUUUUUGUUUCAUUUGCACUGCAAAUCCGGAUGUGACAGUCUCACACUGUUUAACGCUAAAUGUCUCGGAUUUGCUGUGUGGAACUGACCAGCAACUUCCUGGUGCUUUUGACUCGUCCCGUAGAAAGUCUGACUGUGAAUCUUUGGUGACCAUUUUGCAAGGACAUGUUUUUUGUACUCUCUACUCCUAAACUAUUCAUAGAGCUCAAUGUGAACUAUGUCGCUUAUGGUUGCUGACAGGCGAUCAGUGCCAAAACAAUUGGUGAAAUGGUAUGUUCUUCAGUAGUUAAUGACAGUAACACAAAUCGGGCUACCAGGCACCCGAAGGACGACACAAGAAAAGAGCAAGAGUUUCUUGUAAGUUGCAGGAAGUUCAAAGGACGAAAGCUCUUGGGAAAUGUAAUACGGUGUGUACCGAGACUAACGUAACAUUAAUUCUUGAGUUAUUGUUUGUAGCCGAAACUAAGCGAAAAAAAGCUAGGUCUGACGUUUGGUAGGUGCUUGAGAGAGAGUUAAAUGUAACUAAUGACUGAUUUCUUCUAACAGUACACCUACCUUGUUGCCCGUUCACCAUUUUGUGCACAUAAAGGCCCAUUUAGUGCGGCAAGCCAAUCUACUCCGCCAGCCAUUUCAUCCAUGCCGUUUUAAGGAUUAAUUUCAUGAAAUUCAUGAAAACUGAACUGCAGUCAAAGAGUUCCGCUUCACCAGUGUCAAAGCGUGUGCCUGCACGUUUUUGGGCCCUUUGUUACCUAGCUCUGUUGGGUCUAACUGCAUCUUUACGUCCUCUUCUUCUAUAUCAUUGCAAGUCUUAUUUUUCAUGCUGCUGGUGACUGGGUCGGUUUUGCAUGUCUGAGGUGGGAACUCUGCACCCUUAAAACCUUACGAAGUAUUUUGAGCAUACAUACGUACAAACUAAUUUCCUUUAUUGUACGAAGAAAUAGUUCGUAAAUUACGAAGUAUUUUCUUUGUAAGCUUAUGUAUGCUCAAAAUACUUUGUUCUAACAAACUGCUUUGCUUUGUAAGGCCUGAAAUAGUUUGUAAGGUUUUCUCAGUGUCUCCAUGUAGCUCGGGUCUGGGAAACCAGUAUUUGCUUCAUGUUCAGGUUACACCUGUCAUGGAAAUAAGUGGGUCACUAGUCCCACUGCCUGUAAGAUCGGCGAACAGAGCGCUCACUCCUGUCUCUGCUUCCAGGUUCUGAAGCUACCGCUGCGCCCCGCAUCUCCGUGAAGAGGGACUACCGCCUGGAGCGCUUCGGCGCCUCAAGCCCACUGCUGCUGUCGGGGCCCGCUGCAACAGGCGGGCGGGGCGACGAGGCCGGCGAGGGGCCAGCCAGCGCGAAUGGCCCACCAGCCAGUCCGGACGGGGAGACGCCCCCGAGGCCACCUUCGCCGUCGGACGCCGCAGCGCACGUGGUCCGGGAAGCGCCUCCGUCGCGUGACGACAGCGCUGUCGUCGGCUGGUGCACCUUCCCGCGCUGCGACCAGCCCUUCCGGUCUUGGGAGGACCACGUCGUUCACCACAGGAUGUGUCACAACUCGGCACCGCGAGGGGCCAUUUGUCCCAUGUGCCUGAAAAUUACGUCAUCCGAAGGAAUGCAGUACCACCUGGAGGCGCACCGCAGGGGAGACGUAGCCUGCUCCCUCUGCUCCGCCCGCUGCAUCUACAGCCUCUCCCCUCACAUGGCGGAGUUCCACCAUGUGAUGCAGGACGGCACUGUCCCGCCCGUGCUGGGCUGGUGCCCCAACAGUGGGUGCAGCUCGUCCUUCAGCUCCUGGGAGGACUACAUUCUGCAUUAUAAACGUCACCACUCCAAAGUUCCCGUCCGUCGUGGAGUGUGGCAGGGGUGCCAUCUUUGCCUGGCCGAGGUACACAGCACGGAUGGAGAACAGCGUGAGCGGCAUAUCCGGGAGCACUUUAACCCCGAGAUAGAUCAUUUCCUAUGUGACAUUUGUCCAGCACGCUUUCUGGAAGCGCAUCAGCUGGCGGAACACAACCAGAGGUUCCACAGACGAUUGUGAGCGUUGAUUGCGCUAGUUUCAGGCAAAUGUCUCUUUAGUUUUUCUAGAUUUUGGUUUGUUAGGAUUUUUCCUAUUUGAAGAGAACUAUUAUUUGUACUAUGUACGUAAACUUUGCAAUGUGCGGAUUCGGAAUUUAAGUUCGGAAGAACAUCAACUGGCGGAUCACAGUUAUAGACGAUUUUGAGCGUCCAUUGUGCUAGUUUCUUCGCAUUUCAGCUGUUUUCUAGAGUUUAUAUUGCCAAGGAAUUUAAUUUGAAUCACUCAAUUUAGCGAGAAUUGUCACUUGUUCAUUUUAAUUGAACUUUGUAAAGGGUUGAUUUAGUCUCUGAAAGAAAUGUGCUGUUUGCUUUUAAGUUACGAAGAAUUGACCAUUAUGAUACUUAUUUUUUGAUAUUUGGAAUAAAGGAGUCUGAACGAUA